AUGAGUCAAGAUUCGCCCCAGCAAGAGCUCCAGAGCUUCACCUCCGCUGAUCGCAUUCGACAGCUCAAUGAGGUAGACAAGGAUGUUACUCGAUUGAUUCAUUCUGCCGGUCUCGCGAUUCAAGCUCUCACAAACGCCAAACCGGACUCUUCCUCCCCCGCACCCGAUGGAUCGCUCGACUCACACAAGGCACGUUUCAAAGAGGCAACAUCCCAGUACUUUGCACUGCUGUCUUCAAUCGAUGUACGGCUCCGUCGUCAGGUCUACGCGUUGGAGGAAGCUGCAUUGCUGGCACCGGAGACGUCCUCGCGCGCGGGCGACACCAAAGGCACCAGGAAUGACGCAGCCGCAGGCGGUGCAGCAGGGGCUGAGAACCCACUGGAUAUCAGCUGGCUCAACAGUCGGAAGGAUACAGUUGGAAAGGACAAGGAGGCUGAAUUGUGGGCUGCUGCUCGGUCAUUUGUCGAGCAGCUAGACAAGCCUGGGUCAAGCGAAGACAAGGCCGCCAAUGACCCCGACAACAUGCAAGUGGACUGA